AUGAGCCCCCGUCUCUCGUGCCCACCCCAGGGAAGAAGCCGCAGCCCCAGUGCCGUGGGACGCAGCUUCCUGCCUGGGGUACAGGAGGCACUGGGGAUGCCGGGCCCGGAGCAGCAGCGUGGCCGCAGGCAGCAGCGGGGGCUGCGCAGGAAGGACGAGCAUUUGCAUCCCCGGCCCUGCCAGCUCCCCACCGCCGCCGUCUGCUCCCGUGCCCCGGCCAAGCUCGGCAGGGGCAGCUCCUGCGGCUCCUCCGUUUGCCAGAGCCACCUCGGGCUCUCCUGCAUCCCUCCCCAGGGCCGGCAGCGGGGGCAGCGCAGGCAGGGACCAGCUCCUCACUUCAGAGGCAACGGAGCCCAGGAGGGAGUGCAGGGGACAGGAGAAGAGCCCGCUCUGGCCGGGUUUCGGAAACCAAAAGCCUCGUCCUCUCCUGCGGGACCCAGCGCCCCAGGGUCAGACCCAGAACCAUCGCCACACCUAGUGCGGUGCUCCAUGACCACCGGCAUGGCACAGGCCACACGCUCUCGCUCGGCCCCGACCCCGGCACUCACCGCCCGCCGCCGGGACCGCUCCCGCCGCUGCCCACCGCAACCUGUUACCUUCGCUCAGGCCCCGCCCCCGAGCCCGCCCAUUGGUCAGCGCCGCGCCAGGCCGCGCCCAGGGGCGGAGUCAGGCACACCAACAGCCCCGCCCCAGGAGGGCGAUCACGUGGUCACCUGGCACCCCCCGGCAGGGCGCCGCCAUCUUGCUGAGGGAGCGGCACCGUCGCGGUCCCGAAACGCCGCGCCCGCCCCCGGGAUGGGCCCGGGGUCUCGGUGUUUCGGGCAUGGCACCGGGACCCGCGGGCCUGCGGCGGGGAGCGGGGCCAGGCCCUGGGGGGCGGCCUCGGGAGACUUCCGCCACGCACAAGAUGGCGCCCGGGCCCGCCCUCCCUCACGGCUCUGA